CUGCCAGGGAAUUCCCUAGAGGUGAAUUAUUAGUUUUUAGAGCAUCUUUGCAGAUAUCACAGCAAAGGUAUUAGGGUGUUGCUUGAUGCCAGGAUAUCCUGAUGUGUAUUCCAGAAUGGAAGAUGGAGUCACGAUUCCACUAUAGUCAGGGUCAGCAGGCCCUCCUCAGUAGUGAGGGGUGUCCCUGGAGGCGUUCACACAGUUGGGACAAAGUGUAGAAAAGAAUUGUAAAACAGAUGAAAUGACUGUAAGAGAUAAUCGUCAGAGAAAAUUGGAAGGACUUGGACUUACUUGGCCCAAAGAGGUAGCCAUAGAGGUCAGGUAAAUACAUCUUCAAAUAUUAAGAUGGCUGUUUGGAGUGUGAUGACCAAAUUUCAGUCUUCAUUGCAGUCUGUGAUGGAGAUUUCAUCUGAUUCGAGGCGUGGUUAGAUGCAUGGGGGGGGCAGUCUGUAGACUCCUUUCCUGGAUUGACUGUUAAAAUCAAGAAAACAUGUCUUUGUAGCCCUUACCCCUUUCGAGGAUAUAAAAUGGGUUUGUUUCAGAAGUGCAUCUAAGAGCAUACUGGGAACUUUGAGCAGACUUUUCUGUAGAAACAGUUUGUAAAAUUAUGUUUAUGUUCCCUGGCCAGUAUAUAGAUGGCUUUCAAUCGUAGUACAUUUUCAAUUCUUUUGUGGUGAACAAUCAGGAAAAACUAAUAAUGUGUUAAUGCCAAUAAUUAAAACAGCACAGAGAAGCAGAAUUGCACAUGCAAGUUGAUCUCGAGUGUUGGUCUGUGACUCAGCAGCCGUCCUGUGUUGCGGUUUGGGGCGUGGGCUUGGGGACUGACACCAGCCGCCCCGCCUCUGCCCUCGAUGGUGUGGGAGUGUGGGCAAGUUCUUCUGCCUCUCUGUUUUCUCCACGUUAGGGUGAGAUGAUAUCAGCCACCGGGAGUGGGGGGUGGCAAGGAUGAAUGAGAGUGACGGUGACUGUAAGAAGUAAGUGGAACGAGAGGAAUAGUCUCCUGAGAUAGCUAGGCAGGUUGGGAGAGAGAAGAAAGAGGACAGUCGUGGAAGAAGGUUGUGCUGUGUAAUAUGAGAGAAUUCCUAAAGUAGCCUGUUGAACUGUAGAUUAUAUUGAAGAGCUUGGAGGUACUCCAUGACACACACUCGGAGGAAGUCUCUUUCCAUGCUGAGUUCGGGCCCCACGGGCCGCCAGGAGCCCCUGCAGAUGGAAGGCAGCAGUAUGGAGCAGGGGGCAGAGGGUGUGGAGCCAGGUCCUCCUGAGAGCCCAGGGCACCUCACGGGGCGCCGCAAGAACUACCCACUGCGGAAGCGCCCGUUAAUUCCCGAGAAGCCCAAGGCCUGCAAAGUGCUGCUGACCCGCCUGGAGAAUGUGGCUGGUCCACGGAGCGCAGAUGAGGCUGAUGAGCUGCCCCCCGACCUGCCCAAGCCCCCUAGCCCGGCCCCAUCCAGUGAGGACACUGGCCUCCCCCAGCCCCGCAAGCGGCGCCUGGCCUCCCUCAACGCUGAGGCCCUCAAUAACCUGCUGCUGGAGCGGGAAGAGACCAGCAGCCUGAUGGGCACCCGCCGCAGCCGAGGGGGAGACCCCCACCGCAGCCGGGACCGUGACCGGGCCACUGGAGGCUGGGCCUCCUCCAAGAAGCGGCCCCGGCUGGGGGACCUCGGAGGAAGUCGGGACCUGUCCCCAGAGCCAGCACCGGAUGAAGGGGCCCGCCGAGAUGGCGAUCCAGCUCCCAAAAGACUGGCCAGCCUGAAUGCAGCUGCCUUCCUAAAGCUGAGUCAGGAGCGGGAGCUACCCCUGCGGCCGCCUCGUGCCCAUCCAGAAGCAGAUGGGCACUCCACUGAGCCACCAGCACUGAGGGCCCCGAGGCCAAAGUGGGCCAAGGUCAAUGGCAAGAACUAUCCCAAGGCCCGGCAGGGGGCUGGCUCUGGGGAGGCUGCAGGCCCACCCAGCUGGCAAGGACACCCUGAGGAGCCAUGGCCAUCUGCCACCCCUCGUGGGCCGUCCAGCCAGCCACCUUACCAGCCCCUGAGCGAGGCUCUAGAGAGCCCCUUGGGGCUGCGCCCUCACCUGCCCCUGCUGAUGGGUGGGCAGGCAGCCUUGAAGCCGGAGCCCGGGCGCCCAGGCGAGGAGUCACCUGCCCCCAAGCAGGAACUGCACCAGCCCUCUUUCCCCGCACCCCAGCUCUCCCCGCUACCGAUGCCUGGCAACCCCGCCGACUACAGUGGCCUGUGUGGUGGGCCUGAGCUCACCGCGCUAGGCAGCUUCUACCUGUACUGCAGCCAGGCCGGGCUGCGGUGUGGGGGCUACCCCUCCUGCUCCGUGCUCCCCGAGGACAAGCUGUCCCCAGUGGCUGCAGCUAACGCGGGGCUCCUCUUGGCCCCGAGCUCAGUGCCCGCCGCGGGCACCCACUUCCAGCACCCUCCAUGGGGUUCUCGCUACUGCUCCAGUGAGGAUACUGGAGUGAAUGGCUACAGCAUCUGUGAAAUGUUGCCCCCGUCUCUUACCCACAUCGGCACUACCUGUGGCGGCUGUCCCUACAAAAUGCCUUUUGCAGCAGAAGGCUGCAGGUCCCUGGGCCAGCUGGAAUUUCCUCUCCCGGAAGCCGGCCACCCUGCCUCACCUGCCCACCCCCUCUUGGGAUGCCCUGUGCCCAGCGUGCCACCUGCAGCAGAGCCUGUCCCCCAUCUUCAGACACCCACCUCGGAGCCCCAGACGGUAGCUCGCGCGUGCCCUCAGAGCGCCAAGCCUCCUAGCGGCUCCAAGUCAGGUCUGCGCACGGGCUCUAGCUGUAGGCACACUGCGCGGAGCAAGGCUGCCCGCAGGCCCAGCCACCCCAAGCAGCCUCGUGUCCAGCGCCCACGCCCCCGCCGCCGCCGCCGCCGCCGCACUAACGGCUGGGUGCCCGUUGGGGCUGCCUGUGAGAAAGCCGUCUAUGUCUUGGAUGAACCGGAACCAGCCAUCCGAAAGAGCUACCAGGCGGUGGAGCGGCAUGGAGAGACGAUCCGAGUCCGGGACACUGUCCUGCUCAAGUCAGGCCCUCGAAAGACGUCCACACCUUAUGUGGCCAAGAUCUCUGCCCUCUGGGAGAACCCGGAAUCAGGAGAGCUGAUGAUGAGCCUCUUGUGGUAUUACAGACCAGAGCACUUACAGGGAGGCCGCAGUCCCAGCAUGCACGAGGUGCUUGCCACCCUGGUAGCCAACCUCCUCCCUCCCCUUGAGCCUUUGCAGAAUGAAGUCUUUGCAUCGAGACAUCAGGACCAGAAUAGUGUGGCCUGCAUUGAAGAGAAGUGCUACGUGCUGACCUUUGCUGAGUACUGCAGAUUCUGUGCCAUGGCCAAGCGUCGAGGCGAGGGUCUCCCCAGCCGAAAGACAGCACUGGUGCCCCCCUCUGCGGACUACUCCACCCCGCCACACCGCACAGUGCCCGAGGACACGGACCCUGAGCUGGUGUUUCUUUGCCGCCAUGUCUAUGACUUCCGCCAUGGUCGCAUCCUCAAGAACCCACAGUAGCCCCCUCAUGCCCACACUGGGGCUGCCCACGGGCAAGUGGGGCUCAGGGCAGGGGGCACUGCUUGAAGCACAGCACUUGGUUAAGGGGCCACAGGAGCCUGAGGUGGCUGGCCUGUGGUUCUCUUGUGGGGGGAGGGCAGGGGCGCCUAUGGAUUUGGGCCCCAUGGGAGGGAAGGGGAGGCCAGGGUAUAUGAAAAGCAUCAGAGCCCUCAGCUUGGCCCAUGGUACCUCUCUGUGGUCCCCUGGGCAGAGGCUCCUGAAGAAGCAGUCUUCCCUGAGGCUGAGCCAAGCCUCAGGGGCAUGGCCCCUGGGGGGAUUGGGGGAAGGUCCUUCAGGAACCAGGCCCUUCUUUAUCCUCCCCUGGGCCCUUCAGGGGGGAGUGGGAGCCAGCUUUACCUCACCCACUGUGACCCGCUGCUUCCCCAUUAGCCUGGGACCAGGCUCUCCCAGAUUCUAGCACAGCUCCGAGCUCAUUCCUUUGAGGCCUAGGGAGCCAAAGUCUGGCUCCCAGAGCAUUGACUUUCUCUUCCUGGACUUGGGGCCUUUCUCUGGCAUUCCUCCUUUGCCCCUGCAGUAGCCCCUGGUGCUGGGACAAGUUACCAGCCCUCACAGUCAUGGGUGUGGCCCCCUUGUGGGAGUCAGCUUGCUGUCCACCUCCUGGUGAAGGCCACCCAGCAGGUCUGGCCUCCCAGAAAUUAACUGAUCAACAUGGGGUUUGUCAUGUCUGGGAGAGCAGAAGGGAGCUGGGAGGGGGUGGGGGCAGGGGGCAAGGAAAAUUGCUACCUGAUUUAUUGAAGACUUUUCCUCUUGCCUUACACUUAGAGGUUUAGGAAACCUCUUGCAGAACUUCACACAUGACUUUUCAAGCCACACCCACCUGAAAUCAAACCAAAGGAGUGCUGUGGCUCCCCUUGCCCUGCCACCUCUUACCCUAGUCUUUUGUAGAUUGCACUAAUUUACAUCCCAGCGAGAAUCAACACUGUAUCAGUCCACAGACCUGCUGAGCUGCAGCCACUCACUCUAGGAGCUAAGGACCUGCAUUUUCAGUUUGUUCCUGUUGCCCAGGGGCCCUGUUCUCACCUCAUGCUGCUCCCCAGAGUAGAUUAGGAGACUCAGCCCCCUGCUAUCCUUGCCAGAACUAGGCCCUGGCCCUGGCCCUGGGGCACUCCGUGUGGCGGCUGGAGCAGUCUGGUUCUUUCCUAUUUGUACCAAAGAGGAGCCUGGUAGGGAAAGGGAGUGUGGCUUGGGCCCGGCGCUGGGCACAUGCUCGUGAGUGAUUCCACAGGCCACAACCCUGGGGACAGGAGCCAAGGAGGGCAGCACUGGGUCCCCCUUCCCUAGGGAGGGGCAGACAGACCCUGCAGGCUGAGGAGGUGGCACUGGGUGAGGACAGUUGGGCGGGAGGUGGAAGUGAAUCCUGAGGGCACUCCCAGCGAUCCCCCAGCCUUGUGCUGUCCCUAAGCAGAUGGCUGCUCCUGAUUGGUCAUUGGGCUUGGGUGAGGCCUGGACCAUUCAGAGGUGAAUUUACACUUGGGAAACCCAACCCCAAACCUGAAGGGAAGGAACUUGGGUCCCCUUGUAUUGAAUAAGCUGUUUGGAGGAAGGCAUCAUCAGCCCAGGAGGGCGGGGCAGUAAGAGAGGUUGGCAGAGUGGCGUGGGGUGGGGCUGUGGUGGCUCUGGAGACCCAGCCUUGGAGCCUGCUCUUUCCCAGGGCGCUGGGCCCUUGCUGCCAAGGAGCCCAGCCUCACCCAGCAGGAGAUCAGGCCCCUCGUCUCCCAGGAGGCAGGGUCCACUGCCCACAACUUAAAUGCUUUUGAAAUCUCUUAGAUGUGGAAAUAUUUUUUCGAACCUGAAAAUGCAGCUGGUAGAAUUUCAAUGGAAGCAUAAUUCAUGUAAAAUAUAUUUUAGUUGAUAUUUUGUAAAAUGCACUUUUUGUGUGUGUCGACCCUGGUUUCUCAGAUCUGUAUUUCAGUGUUUACAAGGGAGGGAGGACCUUUCCUCACCUCCCUUUUGACAGAGAUUAGAAGUACUUCUUUAAGAAAAAAAAUAAUAAAUUUGAGAAAUUGUAUUGAUUUAGAAAAGGAC